AUGAAUCAUUGGAAGCAUCUUCUUGUGGCUAUUUUAGUGUGCUGUUUCGUGCAACAUGCAUUUUCCAUUUCCUGUUUUUCGUGCGACCAUUCGGACGGUGACAGUGUGUGUGAGGACAACCUGAUCGAAUGUGAUGCCAGUGCUGCAUCGCUCGGCAUGAUAAGGGUGGCAGCGUUCAAGCCGACCAUGCAGAUAAUCCAGAGCUCAACUUUUCGCUGCUUCGAGCUGUUGGUCGAGGACAAUUCCGUGGUACAGCGGACACGGGGCUGUGCGUACGAUUCCGUCGAUGUGUGUCCGGGUGAAGUGCGCGUUGGUGUGCAGACGGGAUGCCGAUGGUGCAACGAUAGCGAUGGAUGCAACUCGGCGGGCAUCUUCCAGGUAAACGUGCUCCUAAUGGCGGUUCUACUUCUGGUGGGAGUUUUUCACAAAAUGUUUUAA